AUCCACAGUUUUGACAGCAGUGUGUUAGCAUUUGAACAAAGUGCUGUAAAUCCACAGUGUUGUGCAGGUUGUGGUUAAAGUCAUGGAAUAAGUGUGUAAAGUUUUGAAAACUGUGUUCAAGCAAUGAAAAACGAACUAGAGUUUGGUCCACAUGAACUGCUGCUGUGCAGACUGUAGUUAGAGUUUUGCACAUGUGACUCCAGUUGUGCCCACUGGCGUUUAGCAAUCGAAAAAAACUGUAAUGUCCAUCCAUAUUUAUGUACGCAAAAUUAAAAACAAAAAUUUUUUGCAGAACUAAAUGUCGUCUUCUCUUAUAAACUUAAAACCGCACCUACUAUUGAAAUCAGGGUGCAUGAUUGGCCUGAAGGAUGUGGACCCAGUAAGAUCUUCUCUAUAUAUUCAGAGCAUUUCACUUCUGGCUUAACUCGUUCUGUAUGCUUAGACUCCUCCUCCUCCUCCACUGUUGCAUGUCAAGACAGACACAUUAUCAGCUCUGUGCUCCUCGAAACAAGCGUAGUGAAAACACCUGUAAACAGCAGGUUCAAGAGACACCCCAUAGAGAUGUCUAACACAUAAUCCAAAAGCAAUACCUACCCCAGGAGUGAGAGAGAGAGGACAUGUCUGCAAAUCUUCCCGAAGAGGACCUCUCCUGUCCCGUGUGCUGUGAGAUCUUCAAGGAUCCUGUCCUUUUGCCAUGCAGCCACAGUUUCUGCAGGAGGUGCUUGGAGAAGUUUUGGGAAAGCGCCGUUUCUUGCAGCUGCCCCGUCUGCAGGAGGAGAACUUCCAAAAAGAGCCCCCUCUCUAACCGGGCCCUUAAAAACCUGUGUGAAGCUUUUCAGCUGGGGAGAGGCCGGAGCUGUGCGUCCGGAUCCAAUAGUCUGUGCUGGAGACAUGGUGAAAAGCUGAAGCUUUUCUGUUUGAUAGAUCGGGAGCCCAUCUGCGUUGUGUGCCAGACUUCAAGAAUGCACAAAGGUCACGACUGUUCUCCCACAGAAGAGGCGGCUCUGGAUUGCAAGGAUAAACUCUCCACAGCCAUGAAAGUCUUGGAAGAAAAGCUGGAGUUAUUUAAUAAAGCCAGACGCUGUUCAUCCGUUACUCUGGAGCACAUCAGGGAUCAGGCCCAGCGAGUUGAGAGACAAAUAAAGGCUGAGUUUGUCAAGCUCCAUCAGUGUCUUUAUGAUGAGGAAGAGCACAGAUUAUCACAGCUGAAAGAGGAGGAAGAGCGAAGGAUCGAGGCCAUGAAGAACACAGACGAUGAUAUUGCAAAAAAGAUCUCAUCACUUACAGACAUGAUCAGGAGCAUGGAGAAAAACAUACAUGCUGAAGAUAUGAUAUUGUUACAGAAUUUCAAAGCUACAAUAGAGGGAACAUGGAGUACAUUACAGGAUCCAGAAGAUAUGUCUGGCUCUUUAUUAGAUGAGUCCAAGUAUCUUGGGAACCUCAAGUUCAAGGUUUGGGAGAAGAUGCUAUCAGCUGCACCUUACAGUCCUGUAAUUCUGGACCCAAACACAGCUCACCCGUGUCUGACGCUGUCUGAUGAUCUCACCAGUCUCCACUACAGCACCCUGAACCAACAUCUCCCCAAUAACCCUGAACGUUUCCACAUCAGCGCUGAGGUGCUGGGAUCCACCUCAGAGAGUCACAGCUGGGAGAUUGAGAUUGGAGAAAACGAAGACUGGAUCGUUGGCUUGGCCAGCGAGCGCGUGAAGAGAGACAAGGAAGUACCUGCGAGACCGGAGAAUGGCUUCUGGACCAUCUGUCUACGGGACGGACAGUACAGGGCUAUGGCAUCGCCCCCAACAGCUUUAAAGCCGGAGGGGAAACUGCAGAGGGUCCGAGUCCAGCUGAAGCGGGACAGUGGGGAGGUUGUUUUUUCGAACCCAGCGAGUGAAGAGAUUUUGCACACUUUCAAACACGCUUUCACAGAAAAGCUGCUACCUUACUUCUACACGCAGAGUAAACAUCCAUUGAGAGUCUUAUCCAGGCCUGUGUCGGUGUCUGUUAAUGAGGAAGGGUUACGUUUAUGAAUUUAUAAGGUUAUUGUGAAAGGGUGCUGCUAAAUGUUAUCUACCUAAUAUAGCAAUCGUUUAAAACUGGUGAUGAUCAGUGCUGUCUAUUGUUUACAAUUUUAAUUGAUUUGCAUAAUUUGCAUGCUUUUAAUUUAUUAAAUAAAUCGCAAAUAAUUACAUAUCAAUAUUCGCUGAAAAAAAUAAUACCUACAGUAUUAUUGCACACAGUUAAGACUUGUUUUUAAGAAAGAAAGGAUAGUUUUCAAGAUCUUUUUGAACUUGAGCAUAAGCUCGUCUUUCCUUAAUGAUUUCUGUAAUGCCUUAAUAUGCACAUUUAUUUACUAUUAAAAUAUUCAAACAAA